UGGCUGUGCUGUUUAGGCCUAGCUGAACCUAUGAUUGGUUAAUACGUAAACGCCUACCGCGGCAUCUAGACGGUUCAUCAAACGCUUCAGAAACCAGCUGAAUUUUAAAACACCGAACAUCAAUUUCGGAUUGUGUUUGAUGCGAUUUGCAGUUGCCUAUGCGACGUUCCGAUCAUACACUGGAUUAAAAUUUCAAGGCCAAUGAAAUGGAUCUCCUGCUGACUUUCCUACUGUGUGAACUCGUUCUCCGUGCCAACGCGCUUUCACCGACCGAACUUUUUUGUGCGGAUCCUGACUGCACAACGCCCUUUUCCUAUGGUAUAAUAAUCCAGGAUAUCAACACGGCAGAUGGAAUCCUGCUUAAAAAAGAUUCCCCGGUAGCUAUUGUCGGAAAGGGUGAAACAGCCAAAGCCUCCAUCAUGCGCGUGAAAAUAAGUGACAGGUUCGCGAUCUUGGAAUCCAGUUUCGUUAGGGAAGUUGGGGAAACCGAUGUGAAAACACUUAAGAAAUACGUGUUUUCAGGUUCCGAGCCGAACGUAAGGAAGAAUGCGACCCCAUCAUCGGCCGCCGUACUCCAGACAAUGCAUCAUUCAAAAAUGCCUGAAACCGACUCGAGCACUGUUGGCACUGGUUCGACAGCCACAAUAGACAGUCUUCCCGUCGCGCCUAGUGAAGCCAAUAAGACCAUGCCUCGUUUGGAAGCACCAAAGACGAAGGACAUCGGAUCGCAUGGGUCAGCUCCAAAGGCACCGGAUUCUUUGUCUGAUGAUCAGCGUAAACUGGCGUCCAGUCACGAAAAACAAUCACCUGCAGAAAUACCAGUAGAUACGAACGGUCUCUUGAAUGCCAGCUCUGAGAACGGUUUGAAGGCGGCUACUGUGGGUCAGCAUGAGACCAGUGGGGCCAUCGAUGUGGUAGAACGUUCAGCUGGUUCAGUUACACGAUCUAGUGCAUCUACGACCAGACACGAGGUCGAAGAACUGGCUGAGAAAAAGGUGGGUAGGGCUACGAAGAGUAAAGUUCUGACAACUGAUCAAGAGCAACCUGAUGAGCUUGAAAGAACUCAAAGUACUAGUUCAUCUCUGAAAAUGAGGGACGACGCGAAGGUUUAUGAAUCUGAAACUCACCCGGAUAAUGUGGUAGUAACUGCGGCUUCCAAUGACGAUAAACAGUCCUCUUUCACUCAAGAUGAUAGCAGUAUCCGAAAUGACAAAUCACGACGGCGGUCGACAGAUGGAACUUCAUUGUCCGAUUCGCCCACCGCAUCAGGUGAUUUUAGAAAUGGAGAAGAGGCCCGUGAUACUCAUGAGCAUUUUGAUGAAACAUCACCAAACAUGUCCGAAAGUUCUGUGACCGGCAAUUCUCCUGGUUCGCUAUCCAACCAGGAAACAGAAUCUGAGGAUAUUGAUCGAGAGGACUCUUUCAAGAGCGUAACUCAAGAACCUAUACACGAAUUUGAAGACACCAUGGAGCAAACAUCGCCAUAUACCCCGGAAGAUUCUGUAACCAGAACUCAACCUAGUGUGAUACCAAAUCCGGAGUUAGAAGUCAAGGAUAACGAUGGAAGGGACCCCUUCAGAAGGGAAACUCAAGACCACCCUACCACUUGGAACUUGGAUGCUGUGCAACAGCGGGAUGCUGCCGAUAGCCAGUUGACUGGUCAGCUACCUGCUGAAGAGGAUGAGACCUCCGAAAAAGCUCGUGGAAAGGACACAGCUUUGGAAAAGAAAGAGACUGAUGUCGAAAUCUUGGGUCUCUCUUCCGAACCAACUAUUAACGGUGGAGAAGGUGAAUCCAUAGAUUAUUAUCCAGCUUUUUCGCCUUCACCAAGCAGUAACGACACUGCUGCUCCUAGUGCGCAAGAUGAUGGCUCGAUGUUAAGUGGUGAGCGUGAUCUCAGCUCUACAGCUGAAAGUCCAUCCCAACGGCAGGGAGCGCUACCGAUGGAAAAAAUGGCUGGUUCAUCUACGAAUACGUCCACAAUCGAGGAGUCCGAUAUGAUCUCGCACAAGACCAGCUCUUCUGAACUGGUAAACCGCAGUGAGGAAAACAUUAUUUCGACCGGUGGACCCGACUAUGGUGUGCAAAAUGAAGUAGAAUCUGCCAACAAGGAUGACACGGAUAUGGUGGAUUCUCAUACUGAAAGUCCCGUAUCACCGUCUCUUGAUAACAAUCCUGCCGUUUCUAGUAACACCGGGUCACUUUCUAAUACCUCAUUUGUUCCAGAUGAUCAACCUACCUUUCACUCCAUAACAGAAGGAAGUAGUCGUCGACCCGCGAAGAAUACCUUAGGAGAGCUUGAAACGCCUCACCAAUCGCACUCGGAUCCAUUAUACGACUCGAAUAAGACCGAUAAUUCAGGUGUUCCUGUGGAACCAUCUGAUAAUAGAACUGGUCAACAAAUGAGCUCGACCGGAACUCCAGAGAUCUCACCCAUCCUACCCACAAGUGGAGAUUAUGCGAUCCAUGUCCCUCAAUCGAUUGUACAUGACAAGCCAGUUUCUUCCGAUAGUUUUUCCGAAUUAAUUACGAACAAUACGAGUGUACAACACACAGAAACUUUGCCAAACAUCCACACAGAUGCCUCGGUCCACGCGCCUUUUUUCCAACCGGCUACGAGUUUUCCUUCGCAGGUUGGGUUGAUUCAGUGCAUCGCAUGGGCAGCAAACCAAACUGUAAAUUCAGACACAUCCACCAGGAAACUCCGCGCCUCACCACUUGCUCGCCUGAUUAUACAUGGAGUGAAUUAUUUCUUCUGGACUUCUGACAUUAUCUUACUCCGUAUGCCAACCGGCUGGCGUUUAUCAAUAGACGGGGUCCUAACCGAUUUUCUCGACUUACCACUGAGUGUUCUGAUGGCAUGGAUUGUGUUUGUUCUCCAUGUUUUGAUUGGUUGGAUGACAUCCCAGUUGUUUUGGUCCAUGCUAUUCAAACAAUCCUAUCUCCAUAGCUCAGACAAACUGUCCUCCACACAUUUCUUACAAGUCGAGGAGCGCGCACUUCAGCUUGCCAGUCGUUUGGCUGACCAGGAAGAAACCAACAGCCAACUGGCUACUUGGGCUGCUCAAAUGACCUUGGAUCUACAGCAAGCUCAGCGAGAAAAGUCCGCGGCUAUUGAUACUCUGAACGAACGGAUUCAAACGACCGAGGCUGAACUAGAUGCAGUUCGAAGUCGGCUGACCGAAUCUUUGACAAAGAUUACGGAACUCAAAGAAACUUACAAGUUGAAAUUAGCCGAUAGUGAACAGUCCCUGAGUUUGUUGCGUUCUGAACUUUCCACACUGACAGAAGAAAAGCUAGCCUCAGAAGAAUCGUGGAAGUCGAGACUAACCGCUUUGGAAGAGUCCAAUCAGAAAGCUCUUGAAGAGGCCAAACGCGAGCAUGAAGAGCUUUAUUAUCAAGCUCUAGAUUACUACGGCCGUAUGAAGGCUAUGCGUCCGGAGAUGGACAAGUUGUUGGAAGCACGCAGACAAGCAGAAGACCGGUUGGCUACCACAGAGGCCGAGUUAGACAGUCUGAGAACCACUUUCACAACUCUACGAAGUUUUGAACUAGCUCUAGAACAGGAGCAUCUUAUUGAUGGAAAUCAAGAGAGUCGUGUGAGUCCGGAAUCCUCUGGUUAUACGGUGAUCAGUCCUCCUCGUGACGAAGACGAUUCUGGUGAGGUUUGUAUGGACAGCGACAAGCAGCAAUCACCGGAUGGGCAAGAUGGCUUUGCUGAUGAUGCAGCUCAGGCUGUUGACGUAAACACAGGUAAGACUAAUUUGGAACAAUUGAAAUCAAAAUUGCAAACCAAUUUGGCUAUAUUUCUUGAUACUGGACGCCUACAAGCCAAGUUGGAUGUUGCCACUAGCCAACUCAAAUCUGAACAGGCCAAAUCGCAAUGUGAGCGUCAGCUGCGUGAAGAACUGGAAUCAAAGGUUGAGUCGAUGGAACGCGAAACUGCAGAACUGCGACAGAAAUAUGACCUUAUUCAGGAGGACAGAAAUACAAUACAAACUAAGCUGGACGUUUUAUCAGCGUAUUUCAAAGAACGCGAGCUUGAAUUACAACGUGAUCUUGGCAAGCAUGUUGUUGUCGGUUCUGAGUCAUCGGAAGCCUUGAAUACUUGUCGGAAGCGCAACAAGGAGUUGGAGGCCGAGGUAAGGGCGUUACGGGAGCAGGUUGCAGCGUUGCGACGAGAAUUGGCGGAGACCGAACGUGUUGGACGUCGUCAAAUCGCAGAAUUGGACAAACGAUCACAUGAAAACUGGCUAUCUGCUCGAGCGGCCGAUCAUCAAGUACAAGAGUUACGCGAUGAGAAUGCCUGUUUGCGCCAAAAGCUCAUGGAGGCAGAACGAUCUACUUUACCACCAGCCCUACGCGCCCAGGUUUUGGCACCCGCCCGCCCGUUCCUAGCAGGUCCUUCACCACCAAGGCCGAAUAUCCCACCUCUGUUGCCUUCCAACCCUGGGUCUUUGGAUAAACGUUCGGUGUCUGGUCAAUCUCUCACGAGUUUGUCAUCUCAACCACCGUUACUUCGUCCUGACUUGCCCGGUCUACCAUUCCCACCACCACCGUUAGGGUUUCCUUCUGAUAUUCCUCCCCCUCCGCCACCUCCAUUUUUACUUCAGGGUCGCUUGCCCUUUCCUCAUGGUUUUCCACCGCCGCCGCCACCACCACCUCCAGGCACAUUUACCGCCCAACUGAAUACUAAUGCGCUUGCUCACCAAAGUCCCAGCUCUUCUGUGAGCGGCUCCACGAAGAGCCGACCAUUUAUCUAA